AUGUUUUCGUUUCCACCGGCGUUUGCGGCCAGCGUAAUAAAAUGGUGUCCGACUAUGGACGUGUUUGCUGCUGGAUCGGAGCGAGGCCCGGUGCUUCUUAUCCGGGGCUCCACGGGAAGACAGGUCUGGCUGGUUCCAGGUCGGAAGAAUAUCGCAGUGCGAGGAAUCCAUUUCAGUAGAGAUGGCCAGUUGUUGGCCGUGCGCUACGAGGGCGGAACGUUUCUUGUUUUACAGACUUCUUCUGGUCGUACGGUGUCUGCUGGUGCAGGUCCUGCGUCGUGUCUGGCCUGGCCUGAGCCACAACCUAGAGCGUCAAUUGACGACGAUGCUCAUGUUUUAAUGCCGUCUUUUGAAACUAUGAUGCCCCAAACUCUUGUUCAGGGCUCUCCGGUAGGCAAGUUCAAACUCACACUGCUUGGAAACCUCUCAAUGCGCGAGAUGUCGGUAGGGGCAGGUCCCAUUACCCACAUUGCAAACGAAAAGGGCAUCUGGGCCUUGAUCUGCGGUAACGAGGUUGUUCUGUUGCAGUGUUCCCAGAUUGAGGAUAGAGUCAAAUUAGGCGCUAUCCGUGUCGCGGAUACGGUACGGGCAAUCGACCAAAUUAGAACCGCUCUUAAGCGAUACGGGGAUUUUUACAAGUCGUUUGAGGAUAAUAUGAAACGAUUUUUCGAAGGCCUCAAAAGCCCCGAUAAUUUAUUUGCCUAUUUCCUCGCCGGAGCGCAUUCGAAAGAGGUUGAGGAAUGGCUGUUGCAUCAACAUGAAAGCGGCUUCCGAAGAUGGUUCAAGGCCGUGCAUGCCAAUCUGGAGGAUAUGCGUAAACAACUGUCCACCAUUGUUGCCCCCAAUUCCAAGGCGGUAUUGAUAUUUUGUAGCAAAAUGCUAGCCCUCCACGAAAGUUUCGCUCACGGGUUCGAGAUGAUCGAUGCCGCUCAAGCAUUCAAUCUUCAAAGCCAGUUACUUCUGAACCACGUCAUAAAGCUACAAAAAGAUGUUACAGCCUUUGCUUGUGUUCUCGAGUUCGUCCUGGGCCGGGCUAUCGAUCGAGUGCUUAAUAUAACGUCAAAAGAAGAUUGCAGUAUUGACGACGCCUGCGCUUACUUCAAGUCGGAUCCGCAGCCUGAGAUAAAUGUUGAACCUCUGGCUGAUCUAGUUUCUGCUACCUGGCAGAACACUCUUGAUGUCCUAGAAAAGACCGUGCAGGAAACCUGCCGUUUCCCUAUUGUGGGCACGGCGGUUGAUCUCGAUGUGUGUGACCAGCACGUUUAUGCGUUGACGGACUCUAAACUAUAUGUGGCAGAGCCUGCAUCGGUUUCUGAGUUCGAUAUUUCGGGGGGACUUGCAACAUCGAAUGGCCUUGUAGUUGCUGUGGACAACAAGGAUGUCAAAUUCUAUGAACAAGACCAGCUUGUUAAUACUAUUUCGCUCGAUACAGAGCCUUCGCUUGUUGCUGCAAAGGCUAACGCUAUCUGUGUGCUGCAGCGAGACAUGCGUUCGUUCGACAUUGUGGGUUUGAAUUAG